CUCCAGCAGCAUCAUGUCUGAUCAGUUCCUAAUCCAACCAGAAAGAAAUACCAUUUAUGACCACAACUUACCAAACGAUGUCAAGAUGAAAGAGGAACCAGAUCCACAGCAGAUUACAGAGAUUAAGGAGGAACCAGAAUAUCAACCGAUCAAAGAACAACAAGUUGAGCUCAACGUCUCUCAUGACAAGAAAUCUGUAAUGAAGCAGGAAUCUGACACCUUCAUGGUGGCUGCUGGUUGGGAUGAAAUAUGCCAGAGAACACCUGAACCGCAGAAAAUGACGGUGACAAAGGAGGAACCAGAACAGAUUAAAGAGGAACUGCAGGAAGCAGAACAGAUUAAAGAGGAACUGCAGGAACCAGAACCAGAACAGAUUAAAGAGGAACAGCAGGAACCAGAACCAGAACAGAUUAAAGAGGAACUGCAGGAACCAGAACAGAUUAAAGAAGAACUGCAGGAACCAGAACAGAUUAAAGAAGAACAGCAGGAACCAGAACAGAUUAAAGAAGAACUGCAGGAACCAGAACAGAUUAAAGAGGAACUGCAGGAACCAGAACAGAUUAAAGAAGAACUGCAGGAACCAGAACAGAUUAAAGAGGAACUGCAGGAACCAGAACAGAUUAAAGAAGAACUGCAGGAAGCAGAACAGAUUAAAGAGGAACUGCAGGAACCAGAACAGAUUAAAGAGGAACUGCAGGAAGCAGAACAGAUUAAAGAGGAACUGCAGGAACCAGAACCAGAACAGAUUAAAGAGGAACAGCAGGAACCAGAACCAGAACAGAUUAAAGAGGAACUGCAGGAACCAGAACAGAUUAAAGAAGAACUGCAGGAACCAGAACAGAUUAAAGAAGAACAGCAGGAACCAGAACAGAUUAAAGAAGAACUGCAGGAACCAGAACAGAUUAAAGAGGAACUGCAGGAACCAGAACAGAUUAAAGAGGAACUGCAGGAACCAGAACAGAUUAAAGAGGAACUGCAGGAACCAGAACAGAUUAAAGAAGAACUGCAGGAACCAGAACAGAUUAAAGAGGAACUGCAGGAACCAGAACAGAUUAAAGAAGAACUGCAGGAACCAGAACAGAUUAAAGAAGAACUGCAGGAACCAGAACAGAUUAAAGAAGAACUGCAGGAACCAGAACAGAUUAAAGAGGAACUGCAGGAACUCUACAUUAAUCAGGAGGAAGAUCAGCUUGUAGUGAAGCAGGAUUCCUUCAGUGAAACUCCUUUGUAUGAGAACGAAGCUGAAGACCAACAUGAGGACAGAUGCAAUGAUGGCGACCAGGUAUUGGAUGGAAAUCGAGAGUUGAUGAUGAAUCAGAGCGACAGUGUUGACUGUUCUAAACUCAAAAAGUCCCAGAAAAAAACAUGUUCUUGUAAAAUUUGUGGGAAAUAUUUCAUCAGGAAAGGUUCCCUGAAUUUUCACAUGAGAAUCCACACCGAUGAGAAGCUGCAUAGCUGUGAAGUCUGCAGUAAGUCUUUCAUCCAUAGCAGCCAUUUGGUUCGUCACAUGAGGAUCCAUACAGGCGAGAGACCGUUCUCAUGCAAUAUCUGUGGAAAAAGUUACAUCGAUAGAAGUAGCUUAAACGCACACAUCAGAACUUACGUGGGAGAGACUUGUGGAUUGUACAAUAAAUCUUCCACCAAGAAUCAAGAUCUGGUUUGUCACAUUAGACACCACAAAGCCAGGAAGCCGUUCUCGUGUCCCAUCUGCGGAAAAAGCUACACAACCAGAAGCAGCCUAAAAACACACAGCCUAGUCCACGGAGGCCAGAAGCCGUUUUCGUGUGGACUGUGUGAUAAAUCUUUUACAAACAAAGGAGAUAUGGUUAUUCACAUCAGAGUCCAUACAGGUGAGCGGCCGUUCCCUUGUGCAUCGUGCAAUAAAUCUUUUAUAAGCAAUAGAGAUCUGGUUCGUCAUGUCAAACUCCACAAAGCUGAGAGACCGUUUCUGUGCACCACCUGUGGAAAAUCCUACACCGACAAUCGCAACCUUAAAUCACACAGCAGAGUUCACCUGCAGGAGAAGCCAUAUCCCUGUGACCUGUGUGCCAAAUCAUUCGUAAACAGGACCGACUUAGUCCGUCACCGGAGGACUCACACAGGCGAAAAACCAUUUUCGUGUGAAUUGUGUGGGAAAUUAUUUACUAACAAAUACACUAUGUUAAAACAUGCAACAGCUCACACAGACAAGACGUCUGAGGCGCUGUUUCCUUGUAGUCUUUGUGAUGCGUCUUUUACUGACAGCAUUCAGCUGGAUGAUCACCUGAGGAGCCACACAGGUGAGCAGGUCUUUUCAUGCGUCACCUGUGGGAAGAAGUUCUCCAAACCAUACAGUCUGACGAUGCACAUCCGGACUCAUACAGGCGAAAAGUCGUAUUCCUGUCAACUAUGCUGUAAAUUAUUCACUGCCAGAUAUAAACUGACUGCACAUGUAUGUGAAAAUAAAACUUAGAAAGAUUAUAAA